CAGCUGUAUCCUGUGGGGCAGCGGUCCAGAUCUCGGAGAAAAAAAAAAAAAACUCGAAGCGAGGAGGAUCUGGUAACGGUUCGCGUUGACAAAUAUCACCCAUCCCGAGUCGGUGUUGACAGACUCGGCAGGAAUUUACAGUUUCUUUUUUAAGGUUAAAAGGUCACAGAUCAGGGUCAAGGUUGUCGUCAUGGCAUCUGGAAGCACGAGCAGUGAAGAGGAGCGGAGUCUUCGGGAGUGCGAGCAGUAUGUGCAGAAACACAACAUUCAACAGCUGCUGAAGGACUGUAUUGUCCAGCUGUGCACCUCCAGGCCGGACCGGCCCAUGGCCUUCCUCAGGGAGUACUUCGAGAGGCUGGAGAAGGAGGAGGCCAAGCAGAUUCAGAACCAGCAGAAGGCCAGCAGUUCCCGUUCAGACUCCCGGGAUGAGGAAGUGUCUCCACCGAUGAACCCCGUGGUGAAGGGUCGCCGGCGGAGAGGAGCCUUCAGCGCGGAGGUUUAUACAGAGGAAGAUGCAGCGUCUUACGUCAGAAAGGUCAUUCCAAAAGACUACAAGACAAUGGCAGCGUUGGCAAAAGCUAUUGAAAAGAACGUGCUCUUCUCACAUCUGGAUGACAACGAGAGGAGUGACAUAUUUGAUGCUAUGUUUCCUGUCACCUACAUCGCUGGAGAAACAGUUAUUCUUCAGGGUGAUGAAGGUGAUAAUUUCUAUGUUAUCGACCAAGGGGAGAUGGAUGUUUAUGUGAACAAUGAAUGGGUGACCAGCAUUGGGGAGGGAGGCAGCUUCGGAGAACUGGCUCUGAUCUACGGUACCCCGAGAGCGGCUACAGUUAAAGCCAAGACCAAUGUGAAGCUGUGGGGUAUCGACAGAGACAGCUACAGGAGAAUACUGAUGGGAAGCACUUUGAGAAAGAGGAAGAUGUACGAGGAAUUCCUCAGGAAAGUGUCAAUUUUAGAGUCUCUUGAUAAAUGGGAGCGUCUGACAGUCGCCGAUGCGCUGGAGCCCGUUCAGUUCGAGGACGGACAGAAGAUUGUUGUGCAGGGAGAGCCCGGAGACGAGUUCUUCAUCAUUCUGGAGGGUUCAGCAGCUGUGUUGCAGCGUCGCUCCGAGAACGAGGAGUUUGUGGAAGUGGGAAGAUUAGCGCCGUCUGAUUACUUUGGUGAGAUUGCCCUGCUGAUGAACCGCCCUCGUGCCGCCACCGUGGUCGCACGCGGCCCCCUGAAGUGCGUGAAGCUGGAUCGGCCUCGUUUCGAGCGCGUCCUUGGCCCGUGUUCAGACAUCCUGAAACGUAACAUCCAACAGUACAACAGCUUUGUCUCGCUGUCUGUCUGAAGCUCUCUCUAUCUCUUUCUCUUUCUCUCUCUCUCCCUCCCCACAGCCCUGUUCUCUCCUUUCAGAUCCAGGGUCCACAAUGCAAUUUGCUUUUGUCACUUUCCUUCCGUUUGCUUUGUUCCGUUUUUUUUUCUUUCUUUUUUACACUGUUCAUUUAGUCGUUUUCACAGGACACGCAGAGGUGACUCUUACCUGUUCACCAGCGCUUUACCAGCUGCUGUACACUACCUUGUAGGCACAGUUACAUGAAUUGUUACCUAUGUUUUGUAUGUAUUUGCAGGUUAUGUUUUUUUUUCUCCUCUUUUUCUUUUUGUAGACUGAACCUUAAACUCAAAGCGAGAUUGUUAACAAGGUCCGACAGAAGUCGGGGGUCUCAGACUGAUGAGACAGGACAGUCAAACAUAACGUGGCACUCUUUGUCAGUUAGUUCCAGAGGAUGGUUUGUUGCUUUUUAAGAGUUUCCUUUUUGACACCAGUUAGGUAAUCAGUGUCGAGCAGAAGAUAGAAACUGUAGAUGGCAGGAAGCAUCUCAUUUUGGCAACCAUUUAUAGAUUUAAGCUGCAGCAGUUUUGCUCCAUUUGUUGUGUUUGGUCACUUUGUGGAGGGUGUCAUAAGUCAAUGAGGACUGUUUUUGCUGAGUUUAUUAUUAUUAUUAUUAUGUGAAGCUUCCAGGCUAGUGCCAAAUGUUAAUUAGUGUCCCAGCGCAAACAAAGCAGUGGUCCCUGACUAUUUGGAGCUCCAAAUCAAGAGCAGUUAUUAGCUUGUUACCCUCCUGUAAAUCAGUAGAAUGCCCGUACAAGAACUGACUUGACUACUCAAAGAAGACAAAGUAUUAAGUGAAGUGUAUUUCAGUAUUCCGUUUUUUUGUUUGUUUUUUAACUAUACCAAAUAACUUGGUCACUCUUUUGCUAUCAUUUCUAAUCAAAAUGCUAUCAUAGUAUCCUUAAAUUAUCAUAGUUCUGUUUAUUAUUAUAUUAUUAUUGAAUAAUGAUAAACUGAUGUUUUGGCUAUGGUCUUGAAGUGAUGGUGAUCUUAAAAAAAAUCUGUUUUACUGUCUUUUGUAAACACUUAUUUUUCCAUAAAUUCUAUUUUAGGUGUCCAGUGCCACAAAGUAAAUAAAAGCUUCUUCUUGUAAACCGA